UGGGAUAUACUUUGUACCAUUUGUACCUAUGAUCGAGACCACAAGGCUGAACUAAAAUAAGAGCAAAGCCCUGUGUGCCUCCAGCGUUUCCUGUAGCGCUCGAGACUCCUCACUUCAUGCCGCCAGCGUCUCAGAUAGCCACGUUUUGCCUAUCACAUUGCGCUUGUUAGGCGCCUCUAGGAUCCGCGGUUAGAUCCUUCCAUGCGUCCUCCUCCGCGACACCAAUAGAGCCCAGUUACUAUUCUAGACCAGCACCAUGGAGAGCUUCCAGCCCUGGAUGGACGCCCCCACCCCGCAAAACGAAGCUUCGAACCACUCCUUUGUUGAGCCCCUCCCAAUGCCAUUGAAGGGCUCAGUGGGAGACGAUUCCGACGAAUGGGAAUACGAGUAUUCGACCACCGAAACCGAAACUUUCUACCUCACACUCGACCUUACAACCCCAUCCAUACCGACUUCUCGCCCUCGAGCCACCGCUCCCCCCAGCGGCCGUGCAAGCACGAAAACCAAAUGGAUAAACCCCGGCCUCGGGCGUCAUAAGCGCCAACUCGGGCACGCACCCACAAUAUCUCUCGGAGACAAAGACAAAGACAAAGAGGGCGUGGACACCGUUCCCGUCGAGUCCGCCGACGAAGAGCCCCAAAGCCCCGCCAACGACACUUCGUUACACGACGAAAACGAGCCCGAGAGCAACGGGCAUGCAGAGCAAAAGAUCCAGAUCCUACACCUCGAGUCCGACAACCCGCUCAUCUCAUACCGCGAUCACACCUUCACCUGCCGCUGGACCAAGAAUAUCGGCAGCGAACUCCUCUUCACCCCCGACGAUGACACAGAUGACCCCCUCCCAGCCCUACGCCAUCUACCCGGCGAUGUCUCCCUCCUCGCCUCCUGCUCCGCCCGCCUAACCUCCGCCACCGCAACCGUCGUCCCCGUCACACACGCAACACCCCUUUCGCUCGCCCCCUACGAGGAAGGCCCCCUCGUGGAAUCCGUCUCCGUCGCCGCGUCCACCGAGCGACGCAACCAGGCGCGCUUCCUGGAGCGAUUGAUGGGAAUCAAAGAGCGCAAAGCCGAGGACGACGAGGUCACAGUCGUGGCGUACAAGCGCACCAAGUUCCACGGCUGGAUCGAGGUAAUCCGCAAGCGGAUCGAAGAUGAACGCGCUACGAUACGGGAGGGAUUGAGCAGCGCGACGCCCGAGGGGGCGGAGGUGGCGAGGAGACGGCUGGCAGAGCUGGAUGAGCAGGAGCGAAGGGUCCCGACGGAUGCGCCGGCGGAUGAAGAUGAUGAUGACGAGCCUGCUGCGCGGUCGGUGAAGCGGAGGAAGAAGCGGAAGGAGAUGCUGACGGUGAGUGAGGAGAAGGGAACGACGAUGCGGCUGAAGCCGAGGGGGGUGAGGAGACGGCCGAGGAGGGAUUGGAAGAGGUAUAAUUUGGAUGGGACGGCGGCGGCGAGGAAUGCGGAGGUUAAUUGGCAGGGCGUGCAUACGCAGGACGCGGAGGAGGCAUCUGGCGCAUAUGACGGUGCGGACCAACGAGAAGGGCCGGCGGAGUGAAGCACGCAUGAUGGACACGGUAGAGAAGUCGUGUUGGGUGAGGAGCUGAGGUCUUGGGUAUAGUUUUGAGAAACCAGCUUAGAUAAUUAUAGCCGUGAGUAACCAAGAGUCUAUAAACAG